AUGGCAGGUCGGUCUGUGGGGAGCUUGCUCUGGAAGAAGGUUCCUGUCACCUUCCCUAUUUUGGUCAUUUAUCUGUUAGUGCAGCUAAAGAAAGGGAGUGUAGUGGGAACCCAGGCCACAUCCCAAACAAGUGGUGGCCCUUUUGUGGCUGCCAUUGCCAUGCUGGUCAGGACCCAAGUGGGGAAGACGGAAAAGACGCAAAGGAAGUCCAUUGUGGACCCCGACCUUGGCAAGGGCUCCCUUCUGUCCUGUUGUGGUGCUUGGAUGCACUUGGCAGUGCUAGCGGGCUUGGAGAUGACCACCCUGCUGAGCCAUGCCUGGGCUGAGGGCCUGAUGGAUGGGAGAUUGGUCUUCCUGCCCUAUGACACGCUGCUCUUCUCCCUGCCUGACUGCAACCACUCCUACCUGUCUCUCAGCACUGGUGGGCCCCUGCGGGAGGCCUUUGAUGCAACGCUCACCCUUCAGCCUAGAAUUGGGCAUCCAGCAGCUGCAGCUGGUGCGGGCCCCCACCAGAUCCUGCUGACAGCCCAGGAGCUCACCUUCAUCCAUCCACCCCUGAACAGAUGGAGGCUGCAUGUGAAUGAUGAAUGGGGAAGUGUGGCAGAUGCUGGGAGCCUGAGAUCAGUGGCCCAGGGGUCAGCAAAGAGUCUGCCAGCCCCCCAGGAACCCACCAGUGUGGCCCUAUACCAAACGAGGGGAGACUGGGUGUGGCUGAAGAAGUGUGAAGUGUGCUGAGACCCUGAACUGCGCCCGAGCUGCCUCAGCCUCCUGAGGAAGGCAGGGCUUGUGAGAACGUCGUCACUGGGCUUUUUCGUGACCCCUGGGGUCAGUGCUCUGGUUCUGGAGAACCUGAUGAGGAACGAGGAACUGCACCUAGACUGGACCUUCAAGGCCUCCCUGCUGCUGAAUUUGAUCUGGGGCAUGAGGUUUCUGCGCCACUGACAUUUCCCUCCUGGCUGCCUCAAGUCCCAAAACUGUGUGGUGGACAGACGCUUUGUGCUCAAGGUCACUGACCAUGGUUAUGCAGAGCCCCUGAACACUCAGCAGGCUCCCCAACCCUGGCCAGGUCAGCUGGCGUGGCCCUGCCCUAUGAUUGUAGAGCUGCUGCCAGGGCCUGGGUGCCCUGGGUGGGGCACCCUCACAGGGGACAUCUUCAGCACUGCCAUCAUCCUGCAGGAGGUGCUGCCUCGGGGCCCAACCUACUGCUCCUCAGGAUUCCCAGUGGAAGAAAUCAUCAGGAGAGUGGCAUAUCCCCCUCCUCUUUGCUGGCUGCUGGUGGCCCCUAAUCACAGGCCACAUGAGUUGAAGCAGUGCUGGGAGGAGGCUCCAGAGGACAGACCUAGCGUGGACCAGAUCUACAGCCAGUUCAAAAGCAUCAACCAAGGCAAGAAGACCAGUUUUGCUGACUCCAUGCUGCGGUUGCUGGAGAAAUAUUCCCAGAACCUGGAGGACCUGAUCCAGGAGCGGACUGAGGAAUUGGAGCUGAAGAGAGAGAAGAUAGAAAGGCUGCUCUGUCAGAUGAUUCCCCUGUCUGUGGCCGAAGUUCUGAAAAUGGGGGUAACUGUGGAACAGGUUACCAUAUACUUCAGUAAUAUUGUAGGUUUCACCAUCAUCUCAGCCCUGAGUGAACCCAUUGAGGUGGUGGGCUUGCUCAACGAUCCCUACAUGCUGUUUGAUGCUGUUCUGGGCAGCCAUGACGUGUGUAAGGUGGAGACCACUGGGGAUGCCUACAUGGUGGUGUCGGGGCUGCCUCAGCGCAAUGGGAGUCAGCAUGUCGCUGAAAUCAACAACAUGGCCCUGGAUAUGCUCAGCUCUGUGGGUGACUUCUGGAUGAGGCAUGCACCCAACGUGCCCGUUUGCAUGAGGGCUGGCCUGCAUUCAGGGUCCUGUGCAGCAGGGGUCGCGGGUCUCAGGAUGCCUCUGUCUUGCCUCUUUGGGGACACUGUCAACACGGCCUCCCGGAUGGAGUCCACAGGACUGUUGUACAGAAUUCAUGUCAGCCGAAGCACUGUCCAGAUACUGCUCAGCCUUGAUGAAAGCUACCAAAUUGAUAACAGAGGUCAGACUGAACUGAAGGGUAAGGGCAUCAAAGAGACCUACUGGCUGCAGCGGAAAGCAGGUUUCCCCAGGCCCCUCCUCGCACCUGUGGACAUCAAACCUGGAACCGGGAACCUGCAGAUCUGGCAGCCAUUUGUCAUCCUGCGCCCCCUCAGCUGA